AAGUUUUGUCACCUUAGCCACAGUUUAUAGGUUAGAAACUUGAAAUGCCGAUUAAAAACACUUUUUAGGCAAAAAAACAAUCUUUAAGGCCACAAAAUGACUUUUAUAAGGUGUAUACGUCCCAUAUUAACAAAAUACAAGACCAAUUCGGUUUAUAAUACUCAAGCAAUAUGGUAUCGAUUAAAGAGCAACAAAACAGCUAUAACAUCGUCCACAAGAUCUGAGGUUGAUACGAAUGUUAAACCGCUAGGUGAAAAAGUAAGAGAAACUACAAAGACUGCUUCUUAUUUAGGAAUAAUAUUACUUGGGGUUGGAGUAACAGGAACAUUAUUUUAUGCCAUAUUUAAUGAGUUAUUCUCAAGCAAAAGCCCUAAUAAUGUAUAUAGUAAAGCAUCAAAAAAAUGUAUUGCUGAUCCCAGGGUGGAAGAUAAGUUGGGGUUGCCUAUCACAGCUUUUGGAGAAGAAACAAGAAGAGGGAGAAGACAACAUCCGACACAUUUAGUUUAUUUAAAGGAUGGUAAAAAACAUUUAAGGAUGAAGUUUUAUUUGCAAGGAAAUUUUAAUAAAGGGACUGUGCAAUUAGAAAUGGCAGAGAAUGAAAGUGGGAAUUACGAAUACAGAUAUUUAUUUGUUGAAGUUGAAGAUAUGCUUCAUACAACCAUAGUUUUGGAGGAUAAUCGACAAAAAUUAGCCCCAGCUUCUAGUCCUAAUUUUGAAGAAUUGCAAUUCAAUUAAAAUACAUAUUAUUCACACAAAAACUUUAUUUGUUACAAUUUUUUUUUGAGCGGUGUUUCAUAGUAUAGCACCAGUUUGUUAUCAAAAAUGUAUUUUUCUAAUUUUCCAAAGAACCAUGUUAUAACUAUAUAAAUGGCCAAGUAUUGAAUCCAUGCUGAUUUAAUUAUGUGCCAGAAUUUAGGAUAGUAUGUUAUUUUGUGCUCCAUAUAUUUGGCCUUUAAAUUUAAAGUGAAUUUAUUUGUUUUUGUUGUUUUAAAUGUUGUGUAUAUAUUGGUUAAGUAGGUUGAUACUAAAAAACAAUAAAUUGUGAAAAA